CAGUGUUGCGCCUGGAAGUUGUGCACCUUCUGCAGUUACUCUGCUUUCUGUGCAGCUGGUGAGCUUCAGGCUGAAAACAUGGCGAAGUACACUGCCAAAGACAUGACUCUGAUGUGGGGCGCCGGCUCGCCGCCCUGCUGGAGGGUCAUGAUUGCUCUCGAGGAGAAAAACCUGCAGGGUUACACAUCAAAACUGUUCUCCUUUGAAAAAAUGGAGCACAAAUCGGCAGAAGUCAUGCAGCUGAAUCCCAGGGGUCAACUUCCUGCUUUCAAAGUGGGGGAUUACAUCCUAAACGAGUCGAUUGCAGCGUGCCUUUUUCUCGAGAACCAGUACAAGUCCCAGGGGAACCCGCUGAUCCCAGAAUGCCCCGCUGAGCUGGCGACGAUGUACCAACGCAUGUUUGAAGUUCUGACUCUAAACCAGAAAACAGGGGAUGUUCUCUACUACAACUGGAAGGUGCCAGAGGAGGAGCGAUUUGACUCUGCUGUGAAGAGAAACAGAGAGACUCUAACGGAGGAGGUCAAGCUCUGGGAAGGAUACCUGAAGUUUCCCUUCUUAGCAGGGAAGCACUUUACACUGGCUGAUGUUGUGUUUUUCCCGAACGUCGCAUACCUCUUCCAUUUUGGGUUAUGUCCCAAGCGUUACCCUAAACUGGACAAAUACUACAACAGCCUGAAAGAUCGGCCCAGCAUCAAAACCACCUGGCCUCCUAAUUGGCUUGAGAACCCACAGGGACAAGAUGUGCUGAAAGACAUCUGAGUUCUCCACCAGUGAUACUAAGCUCCUCCUCCCAGAGUGACGUGUCACCACUACGGGCACUGCCUGGUCAAUAUGCACUUGGUUAACCAGCCAUUUGACUUGUUAGAUGCAGCUUUAUUGUAUGCUGAAAAAUACCACCUGAAUAAAUAACUUCCACUUCUUGAA